UCUAAAUCUGCUUGCCAGACUGUUUUGUCUGUCACCUAUCCUGCUUACCAAAUUUUAGGUAAACCACAGAGAUAAACGUUAUUUCCAAUCGCAGAUCGUAGCAUUCUCUAUAUUUGUUUACUUUUGGUGUCGUAUUUUUAUUUCGUUUAGUGCGCCGUGACGUAAGAAAACUUUGUUGAUGUGCCAACAGGGUUUUGAAAGGCUGUUGUAACGUAAUUUCGUUCGGAGGAAGUGACAUUUCUAAGAGUUUAGUUUACGUACAGUAACUUGGUGAUAACGAAAUUGAAUAGGUGUGGGUGUUAUUACGAUGGAAUCAGAGCAUCAGCCAAAAUUGAGCCCUGUGAGGGCUUUCCAAGUGCUCCAUGGGUGCAACCCUGAACCUGAGGAGACGUACACCAGUCUCUCCGAGUACCAUGACUAUGAGCCAAGCUUGGAGUUCGAUGAUUCAGAGCUUAUCCAGACAUCAGGCUUAGCGCCUCUACCUCCAGAAUUGUUGGACAUACCGGACGAUCUUCUAGAACGUUCUGCAAGUGACGGCACGAUUGAGGAGAAUUUUGAAGAGGAACUCGCGAGGGCACCCGAAGUUUAUACAGAGAUAUCUUCGCUUGACCUCGAGGACUCGUUUGCGGAGCUCAACAGGACAGGACUUGUCGAGGUGGUCGGAGACGAUGAGGUCGGACGCCGCAUCAUAGUUGUGUCAGCCUGCAGGCUACCGCCCAACAAGGAGUUACUACAUGAUAAGUUACUCAGAUACCUCAUGUUCACCCUGGAUAAGUACGUGGAACAAGAUUACAGUGUGGUAUACUUCCAUUGUGGACUGACCAGCAAGAACAAACCGCCACUCUCCUGGCUUUGGAGAGCGUACAAGGCUUUUGACAGGAAAUACAAGAAAAAUCUAAAAGCUUUGUACUUGGUGCACCCUACGAACUUUAUACGUAUAGUAUGGCAGAUGCUGAAGCCGGCCAUCAGCGUUAAGUUUGGCAGGAAGAUGAUGUACGUCAACUACUUGCAUGAGCUGCAGCAGUACUUGAGCCUGGACAAACUCUGCAUACCCGACGCCGUCCUUGAGUACGACAAGCUCUUGCUGUCCAAGAACCCGAGGGCUGCCGAGUCGGCUCGACAGAACACGGUGCCGGCGGAGACUUCGCCCAUCGCGAAGUUCAAUAAGAAACCGAAGAGCAGUCUCUCCCCGCCGCCGACGCAGCAGUUUGGUGUGUCGCUGGCGUUCAUAAAGGAGAACAACACUAACAUGGUCGGAGCUAUCCCGCCCGUGGUACGGCAGUGCGUCGAGUUUCUGUCGCAGCCUGACGCGUUAGAGACGGAGGGAAUUUUCCGUCGCUCAGCCAACAUGUCGGUGAUCAAGGAGUUGCAGAGCGCCUGCAACAGGGGCGAGCCUCUUCAAUUCCGCAAUGACCCCCACAACGCGGCCGUUCUGCUGAAGACUUUCUUCCGGGACCUUGAGGAACCGCUGCUCACUUUUGACUUGUAUGAUGAGAUUAUGGAUUUCCAAAACUGGUCGCCGCGUGAUAAGCCGCGAAAGGUUAAGAUCUUGAUUCUGGAGCGCCUGCCUCUGGAUAACUAUAUGCUGUUGAAAUACGUAUUCCAGUUCUUAUGGAAGGUGCAAGACAGGAGCUGCCUCAAUAAGAUGACGACGAGCAACCUCGCCGUGGUGUUCGGCCCCAACCUCGCCUGGCCACCAAACGGACAGAUGUCGCUCCUGUCCAUUGCCCCCAUCAACAACUUCACCGAUUUUCUCCUCUCCCACCAGGAGUCCAUCUUCAUAAUCUAAACACUAUAAUAUUGUAUUACCUCCGAUCCCCGAGGUAAAUUCCACCCUAUUAUAAUGUAGUUAAAGAUGUAUGUUUAUCUAAUGUUGAUAUAGAUAUGCCAAAUUUUUGUUAGAACGGCGAAGUAUAGAGAAUGUUUACAUUCGUUUAUGAAAUUACGGAUUUAUGGCGAGAGUCUAAAGUUUGAAUCUCUUUAUUUGCUUGCGCUUGUACCAUUUGUAACUUUUUUUUUUAUAUGUCGUGUAUUCAUUGCUUUAUAUUAUUUAGAUUAGAAAUUUUGCGCUUGGCUUGCACUCCGAAGUAGGGCGGCUAUACAACAUAAUUUUAACAAGACUGUACGAACUUGACAUGUUUGUACAAAGACGCUCAAUGAUCCACCUUGCUUGCCAAGCUGUUUGGGACGCGUGUAGUCGCCCUGUCUAUGUUAUAGUGUCUUUAAAAGUCUUCAUAACUCUUAUGAACUAUAUAACCAGCGAAAAGUUGUGUAAUAUCUUACACUCAAAUUAAUAUUUAAAAGAAAAUUUAUAUUCAAUAUUUACUAAAUAUACAAUAUAAAAGGCACUAUAUGCAGGGAAUAUUACAGCUUCUAUAUAAUAAACAAUAGUACUUUCAUAUCGCUUUACUUCAACUGAACAAUAAUAUGUAUGUACCGCAGUUGUCAUUGGUCCAUUCUCUCAACCGACCAAUCAUAUUUUGCCAAAUAGUUUAAAUUAAUCGGCCUUACUAAUAAAGGUUGUGUUACAAAACUCUUAUAAUAUAUAUCAACACUCUAUUAGUAAUAUUACUAUAUUAAAAUCUAAUAAUGAUAUCCGAUCCAAUGUCAAUUCCAUCCGCCAUAGCACUCGUCCAUGCUUAUAAUGCUUUAAAAGAUCACUGUAAUAAAUAACAGCAUAAUUUAUAUACAGGACUCACAUUGAGUAAUAACAAUCAUUAAUAUAUAUAUUAAUAUAUACAUAAUUAUAUCUAAUUUCAUUAAACCCCCUUUUUGAGAUAUAACCGUCACUGGCAGAUUAACUUGAACCUCAAUUUACAAAAAAUCCAUAAUCCGGUUGCGAAAUAAAAGGAAUUUUCUUAUUCAAUUCAUCUAUUAAUUACUAUAUACAUACACACAAAACAGUUAAAUUCUUUAUAAUUCUUGAUUUUUGAUUAGUCUUAUAGUAACUUUGUAUACUCAGAAAAAAAUGUUGUCUUAGUUUCUUUCCUCGCUUCGUAUUAUUCUACCAAAAGUAACAGUACACUUGCAUUACCAUACAGAACCAUAUAAGACUUUCAAAUCAGAUGUUUACUCUGUAAACCUAAUAGAAAUUCCCCUAGUACUGUUGCUUUAUAACCUCAUUUCCUCCAACAACUCUUUGCACUGCAAAAAGCAACAAAAUUAUAGUCCAUUACGAAUUUAUGUAUCGAUUUGUUUAUUUACUGUUUGUGUAAAAACUGUUUUCAUUUAUUUUAGAAUGCUUAUUAGCUUGUAGUCGCUUAUAAAUAAAAAUUAAUGUCUAUAUUUCGCACAAGUGUUAAUCCCGGCUUCUUCCAAAUUGUAAUGUGUAUAAAUAAUGUUUAUAUUAUAGAAAAAAAUAUAUUAUUCGGUAUCAUUAAUUCGCUUAGUAGAGCGAUGCAUAUUUGGUGUAAAGAUGUAUAAAAAAGUAUAUAAUUAAAUACGAUAUUCAAAAAGAUAUAUAUACAAUAUAAACAUUCCUAAGUGUUUGGCUUUACAACAAAAAAUUGAUGAAUUUCCCACAGUAAACAAUUAAUGAUGUUGUCACGUACGGAGAUCUGAAUUCAUUGAGCAGUGGCAAAUUGCAUUCGGACAAUUUUACCCGUUACUUAUUGUUUAUUAGCUUCCAACACUUACUCACUGCAUUUAUAUACAUCCAUGCCUUUUAUAUUAAUAUUCCAUAAAUAUAUCAUAUAGAAUGUUAUUGUACCUGUUUUUAGUAACAGAACCUUUCAUUCAAGUCUGGAUUUUGUUACUAAACUGCACGCAUUGUAAAGGACUGAUAGAAAUUAAUGGAUCUGAUGUAAAUACAUCUAUUAUAUAUACGUAGAGCGGAAUUCUUACGGACUGUAGUUUUUAAACAAUUUGUAAUUUUGUACCGAACCCUUAACAUUUGCAUCACUUCACUUAUAAAUAAAUAAUCUAAAAUUAACACACAGUUUUGUAUUUGUAUGAUCAUAGAAGUACAACAAAGGUAAUCAAUGUUAAAUAUUUUUGUACUGAAGACGGUGAUCGUUGUAAAAUCUAUAGUCCGUAAGAGCUUGUCAAACAUUCUACAAUAUUGUAAAGGUUUUUACAAAAUUUUGAUAAUGUUUCUCCUUUGUACUGUUAUCAUGUAGUACAAUAAAUUCAUAUUUAGUACCUAUAUUGUAUACCUACGAUACGAGUAUAGUUAUGAAUAUUAACAGAUAUAAAGUAUAUGUAUGGGGAUUUUAUGGGGUAAAUUAAUAAUAGUAUCCCAUGUACGUUUUAAUUGUUAUUUCUGUAGUUAUAAUGAAAGUAAGUUGAUUUGGCAUAUCUGUUGUCCCUAAGAUCAUAUCGUAAUGUCCCACUACACCUUAUUUUAUUAUGUUUUUAAAAUUGACUUGUAUACUCCGUGAUACAAGUGAAUUGUAAUCUGUUUGAACGAGUCUUGCAAUAAUGCCGCUGUGGUUCAUGCUACCGAUCCGUAAAUUGAUAAAUUAUCCAAGUGCGAUACUGGCCUCCUUUGUAACGGUUUAUUGUGGGUCACUACUGCACUACAAUGCAGUCUUACAGUCGCUCUUUGUGAGUAAUUUCUGCGACUUCCUGCGAUACCGUGUGACUAACCCGCGGUACUAUCAACUUCUUAUACGAUACUCUGUUUGUGAUAGAAAUCACAUCACGACAUGCACAAUAAGCACUCUCAAAUUAUAUAUCGAUUAAAUAAUGGGACUAUAUACAAUAGUUAAAUGAAUUGGCUGUAUUUAAAUGUGAUCUUAGCAUUCCAAACAAAUAAACUGUAGCAUAUUCGUUACUAUGUCAAAUAUAUCUAUAUCAGAGCAACUAUAUACUUAUUGUUGUUACUCACAGAAGCUUAUAAUAUUAUAUCACAUGGGAUAACGUAUUUAUAUUAAAAUUAGUUUAUAAGAUUGUAUACCAAAAAUAACAAAGAAUAGCAGUUAUGUAGUUUUAAGACCACAUCUUUAUUAGUUUAUUAACAAGUUGUAAAAUAGUUGUUUAGUACACUCUCUUGUUUAGUAUAUGAACUGGUUUCUAAUGUAAUGUAUGGCCAGUGUACCUGUGUGCUAUUUAAAACAGAUAUAUCUAUAUAAACACAUUUUUGUUAGAUAAUUUCGUAGGAAAAUGGAGAUUUUGCUAAAAAAAUAUCUACGGACAGAGAGGAAUGAGGUAAUAAUAGAUUGCCAGGCAAUGGGAGGUGAUGAAACAUUGGAACAAUGGAAUGAGUUUGUUGAGAGAUGAAAUGAGAGUAAAUGCGGGAAAUAGUGACAAUGGUGCUUUACACUCUGUAAUGUCGAGUAAAAUUUCAUCCUACAAAGCUCGACUUGCUAUAAUACAGCGUGUAUUGACACCUACGCUUAUCUAUGGUGAGGAUUGAAAGACGAUGUAGUGACAAGGAUUGAAAAGGGAAUGUUAUGAUGUUUUGGGCAUGUAAAAGGGAUGGAUGUAAGCAGAUUUACGAAAGAAAUAUACAAGGCGGAUAUGAACGAGGCCGUCGGUAGAGGGCGCCCUAGACGCGCAAAUAGCGACCAGAUUUGCGAUAUAUUAAUGCAGGGCCAAAAUCAAAGUACUCUUAACCGACGAGCAUGCAUGAAAAGACUGAUGAUUGUUGAUAAAGCGAAAGAGGUGUGUGAGAUUCGUAGCAAUUGGUGUUCCAUUGUCUCUGCCCCCAUGAGACUGGCAUGAGGUUAUGUAUGUAAAACAUCUACAGCGCGCCUACGUAUAGUAUCUACUUGUUUCGUAAACUCUAAAUGGCAUAAUUUCUCGUACCUUUUAUCUCUAUAUUCCUAUUCCCACUGUAUUUUUAAGACGUUGAAUUUAUAUUUUGUUCAUUUUCAAGUGUUGGAGACGAAACAUGAACUUUGUAAGUUAAGGAAGAUGUGUCAUAUCGUGUAAACUCGCCGCUUGUUACAAAAUCUGUAUAACGUAUAAAUAAAUAGCACCUAAUGCGUAAAGCGAGCUAUCUCUAUACGUACAAUAGGUACACACGUGUCGUUCUCCGAAGUUGAUUAUAUAAUCAGAGUAAUAGCGGUCUGGCGGGGGCAUAAUCUUUCUAUCAAGCCAGUUAACUCGCCAAUUUAUCACUCUAGUGCAUAACUUGCAUGACAGAAUUGCCUAUAGGAGAUCACUUUGUAUUCUUUCAUAUUUCAUACGUUUGAUUUAUUUCUACGACUCCUGUAUAUCUCUAUUUACAUUUACUUUUUGAAAAUGACUUUGUCAUAGUAUGCAAUAUCCUUAAACGUGCACUUUUGUAUGUCUAUAGAUACUUGAUUUACGCAAAACAAAGUGUAACGACCAGUGCCAUUCGCUACGAAGUACCAUACCCUUGGUGUCACAAACAAAUUCCAUGUUUUUGAGUUAGAAUAUAAAGAUUUAAUAAUGUAUUGUUGUAAUAGAUAGUCUAUACAGAGAUUUCCCCCAUGUUGCAAUGUUGAUUGAUUAUUGCAUCUUGUUUACUCGAAAUGGCGAUAGAUGGCGUUUUGUUCAAUUAACAUGAAAGUGUGUCGGCGUGUGAGUCAGACUCUCGAACCGGUUUGUCGUGCACAAUUUUAAAAAUGAAAGUAAUUGUACGUCAUAAUAAUCACCAGCGCCAGCCUACGGUAAUUGGUAUCGCGAUAGCGCUACACAUGAACCGUUGAACAAUAACCUAAUUGAGAUUUAGUAUUAUUUUCUGUAAGAUUUUAUUAUAUUUAUUUUUUUAUAGAUAGUUGUCGUAAUCAUGAGGAAAUUAUUUUAGUUUAAUGUACAACGAAGUUUAUUUAGCACUUUAUUUUUCAUUUUGUAAAUUAAUAUUGUAACCGGAAAGGGUAUUUGUAAGAUUUACCUAAUUAAUGUGUAAAGGAUGAUGUUUGUAGUAAUUGGAACGGACAGUAUGUAAGUUAUGUUUCGUUGGACCUGUGGCUUUAUGAAAGCUGUAUACUUUCUAAUAAAAAGUGUAUUAAAAAGAAAUAUUUCAAAGUAAAAAUAGUUCUUCGUAACAGUAACAUAAUAAUACCUAUCUGAAGUUGGACGGGUCGGACCCAUCACACAAUAGUGAGUGACAGCCUAUUAGGUAUUCGUCUGAUAACCUCAAUAUUUGUACAUUUUUUAUUAGCAAGCUGGAAAGGAGAUAACGUAUUUUUUUUUUUAUUUAAUUUAGAUCUACUUUUGUAUUUUAGAGUUAAUUGUUUAAAUUUUAAUAUAUAAAUGUUAACAAAAGAAACACUGUAAUAACUUGAAUAAAAUUUAUUAGUAUCAUU